AUGUCUUAUUUGAAUAAUGUUGUAGUUCAAGAAGCUCUUCAUGCUCGAUUUCAAUUGUUCCGGAGUUGCUGGCAUGAUCCGUAUGGACAAAUGACUACAGAUUUAACUUUGGACCUAUCGAACGUUAUUAAUCAUAAUGUAUACAAGAGCCGUAAUAUGUCGAUUGUAUUCUAUAACGGAGAUCUGGACACGGUCAAUAAUUUCCUGAGUGCGCAGAACUUCAUGCGCAGAUUCGCCAGCACUCAAAACCUAACAGUGACAAGAGAGGAUACAUGGCGAGCCAACUAUAAUCGUAGCGUAUACAUGGACACGGAAGGCGGCCUACGGACCACUUAUUCAGGAAACAUUGACGUUCUAUCCGUCAGGGGCGCAGGUCACUUCGUGCCAAAAUCGCGUCCAGCUCAAGCACUUCAAAUACUGCGAAACUUCGUGAAUGGAUUCAGCUACGAUAACUGCCUACAGAUGGUGAACCUUGGCGCUGCACCACUGCUGCCCAUCUACUACUAUCUGAACCCUUCUACACCGAGAAGGGACGCCGAUAGGGUGAGGAGUCCUCCUUUAUUUCGAUGCUUAAAAUCAAAACCAAUAAAUCGCAGCCGUUUUCUUUCGAAGCAGAAGUGCGACCGUGAAGUAGGAACGUGA